UAGUAUUCUUCACGAGAGAAUAGUAUCAUUUCGCGCAGCUCGAUUGAUUGUGAGCUUAGAAAGUUUCCCCACCAUAAUUUACUUCACAUUGCAUGCGCUAUAUACACGGUGGUCAGAAUAUACUAAUAUAGGAACGGCUUAUUAUACGACAGAGAUAGUGAAUCAUAAUUCAUAAGUUCAUGAUCACUGGAUAUACUUUCUGCCCAGCGCGGCUUACGCAUACAGCCGUACGGCGCUUGCGCGUUACCUUGGUAGCGGAGCGUGGCAAGCCAAUCAGAGCCAAGAUGCGCAAACAAAACCAAAAUUCGUUCAUCCGAUGAAAAAGAAGGAUUGCGACAACAAACUUAAAAGAUCAGAGAAAAGAAGAAGUAAUGUUAUACGUAAUUGGCUUGGGUCUUGGCGAUGCCACUGACAUUACUGUGAAAGGUCUUGAAAUUAUUCGAAAAUGCAAUCGCGUGUAUUUGGAAUCGUACACGUCGAUACUUGCCGUUGGUUUGAAAGAUUUGGAAGAAUUUUAUGGACGUUCAAUAUUAGAAGCCGAUAGGGAAUUGGUUGAGAGCAAUUCGGAUGAAAUGCUACCGGAAAACGAGGAAGAAGAUGUUGCUUUUCUGGUGAUCGGCGAUCCGUUUGGUGCUACGACGCAUUCAGAUUUGAUAUUGCGAGCUCGAGAAAAAAAUAUCAAGGUAAAAGUUAUUCACAAUUCUUCCAUUUUAACUGCAGUAGGAUGCUGUGGCUUGCAGUUGUAUCGUUUUGGAGAAACUGUUUCCAUUCCUUAUUGGAGCAAGGAUUGGAGACCUAAUAGCUUUUAUGAAAAAAUUGUAUCUAACAGGCAAAGAGACUUACAUACCCUUUGUUUAUUGGACAUCAAAGUGAAAGAGCCUACUUUAGAAAGCAUAGUUAAGAAGAAAAAGGAAUAUAUGCCCCCACGAUUUAUGACCGUUUCAGAGGCCGCUACUCAGCUGAUCGAAAUAGUGGAGGAAAAGGACGAUAGAAUCGAGGAGGAGGGAGCUGUUUAUAAAUCUAGCAUUGUAGUGGGUUUAGCUCGAGUGGGCUGGGACGACCAACGGAUAAUUGCUUGUUCCCUUGAAAAAAUGACUUCCAUCGAUCUGGGACCGCCUCUUCAUUGUUUAAUUAUUCCCGGGCCAACGUUGCAUCCUCUCGAAUUGGAGUAUAUGGCGUUGUACACGUUAAACAUAACGGAUGACCGAAUGUGUGAAAAUAAAAACAUUUUAUAGUAAAAA